UGAAGACCCUGUGUAAAGACAUUGCCUUGGCUGUGAAACAAGAGGUUGAAAACACAAGAAGUAUGGAAGUUGCAAAAUAUUCUGUAGGACUUGAUGAACUGGUGGAGGAUUUUGAAAGACAGGUAGCACUAGCAGAGAAACAAAAUAUCGUUGGAAUCUUUGCGAUGGGGGGUUCUGGGAAAACAACCCUAGCCAAAGAAUUGUUUAACCGCAAAAGGUGGAGUUACCAUGGAUCAAGUUUUGUGUAUGAUGUGAGAGAAACAUCUGCUAGAGAUGAAUUAACUUGUUUGCAAAGUCAGCUGCUGAAAGACCUCUUCUUUGAAGAUCGCAAAUUUAUGAGUAAAAGUGAAGGGACAUCCUUCCUUAAGCAGCGAAUAGGCAGAUCUAGUAAUCAAUUCCUUAUUGUUCUGGAUGAUGUUGAUGACCGGCAGCAGCUAGAUGCUCUCUUGUUCAAAGAUAUUGUACUCAAAUCUGGUAGUCUGGUCAUUGUCACAACUCGUGACGAGAGUUUAUUGACAGGAGCCGGAAUUACUAGCCGGUAUAAAUUGAAAGAAAUGAAAAGAGACCAUGCAAAAGAGCUCUUCUGCAGGCAUGCCUUCGGCCUGGCAAAAGCGCCCACGAGAUAUGAGAAGUUAGUGAAUAGCUUUGUAGACUUCUGUGGAGGUUGGCCUCUGGCUAUACAAGUGUCUGCAGCCAAUCUUUUUGGCACUACUGACAUAGGUGUUUGGCUGUCCGAACUGCAGAAAUUUAAGAGUAGUCUGAAUCUGGAAAUAAAGACUAAACUUGGAAUAAGUUUGGGCAAGCUAGACCGAGAACAAAAAGAAAUUUUUAUGGACAUCGCAUGUUUUUUUAUCGGCAAACCGGUGAGUAUGGGCGUAAGGAUAUGGAAGGGAUCAGGAUGGAACGCGGAGCACACAAUUCAGACUCUCAAGGAUAAAUGUCUUCUCCAAAUAAGAAGACGGAAGCCUACGUGUGGAUCUCCAUGUGAUGAUCCCUUGGUUUUUCAGAUGCACGAUCUCCUCCGAGAUCUAGGCAGAGAAAUGGCAAGAGAAAUGGAUGUGCAUGCCUCUCCCCUUCGACUAUGGCGCCCUCAAGACCUUAAACUUUUGAAAAACAAGGGAUUUAAGGAAAUCCUCACCGAAACAAAAGACAAAAAGAUUAGGUGUUUCAAUUCAAUUUUUGAUCCGUCCAUCGAUUGCCAAAUUACAUAUUUCUUGGGAAACUCGGAUGAUCGUGAUCUGGCGUUAACUGAUUUGCUAUGGAUUGAGCUUCAACUGAAUGGGCAUGAAUGGACAAGCAUCCCUUCAUGGAUUGCUCUCGAAAACUUACAGAGUUUAAGGAUCAUCGGAGGACAUCUCCGGAGAUUGUGGCAGAAAGAUGGCCAGGUCCCUUCCCAGUUGAAAGAGUUGCUUCUUUAUCGAGCCUCUUCCGCAGAGUUUCCAGAUGAAGUAGGAUUGCUAUGCAAUUUGGAAAAACUAGUCCAAAAAGGAAGCUUGACUAGUAUGCUCGUCGUUGAUGGCAGGGCCUUAUCAAAACCGCUUGGAAAACUCUGUAACCUCCGAAGUUUGGUUUUAGUAAAUUGCAAUUUAACUGGGGACCUGACUUUGAGGAGAAGUCGAUAUCCAGAGAGUAAGUAUACCACAGCCAUAUGCUCUAAGCUUGCAUCUGAGGUCUUAGUUAGUGGAGAGUCAUAUCCCAAUCUUCAAUAUCUCGUCCUUAAUUCAGUGCAUAAUUUGGGUAAAUUGCAUUUAUCGCUAGUAAAUCCCUUGAAUAGUGUCAAGUUCAAAAAUUGUAUAAGAUUGAAAAGUGUAUCAGGUAACUUGGACCAAGGAAUGUUUGAAAAACUAGUCAUAAGUAAAUGUCCACAGCUCAAAAAGUUACCAAGACAACUUGUGAGUUACCUGAACUCCAUUGGAGUUGAUUGUUCAAUACCUGUCAAAAGAAAUAAAGACUUGAGAGCAAGAGAACAUCUGCAUCUUUCAAAUGGUAAACUCAAGAAAUACAAGACUUGUGUUGCAAAGCCAUCAAAGUCAAAGACGUUCGAGUCAUACCCAUUAUUGUCAUACUCAUCAUUACCAACAAUUACAUCAGAAUUAGGUGUAGGGUAUUUGCCUUUAGUCAGGUAUAUGUAAGUUAAUAU